AGGGUUUCCACCGCAGCCAGCAACGCUUAAGGUUGUGCAGAGUCGUCGUCCUUUCCCCCGACAGCCGUCCUCUUUCCGGGACUCGGGCGGAUCACCAUACACCACAUUCCCCCGCUUAUAUACCCAUUCGCUACGCGCGCCACGGCGCUCUCUACUCAUGCCGGUCACCUUACUAUACGCGGGCACCACGGACAUUGGUCGUCGUACCUCGCAACAAGACGAUUAUAUUCUCAAGGAUACCCUUUUCCCAAAUGUUCCCGACUCUUAUCUUUUCGCCGUGUUCGACGGCCAUGGGGCGGACGGUGCAAAAGCCGCGUCGUUUGCAAAACACGCCUUCAGUACGACGCUUUCCUCUCUCCAAAGCCAGUUAUCUCAAGAUCCUGUAAAUACCAUGAAAGAGACAUUUAGGGUGGUUAACGAACAGCUGGUGGAAAAUCAAGCCAUAGAUACGUACAUGUCUGGAUCGACCGUCGCGUUGGUUGUUAUUUUUGAUGGGAAAAUGAUUAUCGCACAUAUUGGGGACAGUAAAGUUGUGCUGGGGAGCAGAGAUGAAACAGGAACGUGGAGAAUAGACAAAUUAACAAAGGACCACACAUGCGACGACGCAACCGAGAUGGCGCGAGUAAUAGCUGCUGGUGCUCGAGUAGAACGAUUGGAUGUGCAAGAUGGUCCUUUGCGGAUAUUUAAAGGAAGUCUGCCUUAUCCAGGGUUGGUAGUGACCCGAGCAUUGGGUGAUACAGUUGCAACUCGUCUCGGCAUACUGUGGGAACCGGACGUCACUGUUCGCGACAUCAUCCCUACGGACGCGUUUUUGGUGCUUGCAACCGACGGAGUGUGGGACGGGGUAUCUUUGGAGGAAGUCCUGGUGAUUGUUUCCAAAGAAACUGACCCUCUCGCCGCCAGUAGGCAAAUAACACAAAGCAGUCUGGCGGGGAUGGAUAGGCAACAGCUAGAUGAUAACACGACAAACAUUGUAGUAUAUAUUAAUUCAUGAACAGGCGCGAGUAAAUACUAGUAAUAACGACAAUGUGCGAGAUCUACUCUAUAAUGCAAUGAUCUAAAACCGGGA